CUAGAGCUACAGUAACGUUUAGUGUUGCAAUUACGACGAAAUUUAUAUUCUCAAGUAAAUAACACAAUCAUUCAAAAAUACCAAGUCAUACAUCGUAAAGUGAAUAAAAAUGUCUAACGACGACGAUUGUCAAACAUGGAUUAAAGAAGUGAUGUCAAAGAUCAUUGAAAACCUUGGACUGAACGAAGCUCGAUACGAGCUGUCUACAUCUAACAACUUUGUCAUGUCUUCUCAGUAUCACGUAUGCGUGAAAUUUAAGAACACGAUAAAGGAUAAAAACGAAGAACUUUCGAUGAUACUGAAGAGAUCUUUUUCAUGUUGUUUAAAUGAAAUUUUUUACAAUGAUCUUAACUUAUCUUCUCAGUUCCACAACGAGAUUCUAUUCUACCGUAUGUACGCCCAACCGAACGAUAAUUUUCCAAAAUGUUUCUACUUCGACGAACGACCACCCAACGAUUCGGUGAUAGCGCUGGAGAACGUUAAUAAACGAGGUUAUUAUCCGUGUUCGUACAAAUAUUACGCACCUCUGGAGUAUACAUUGGCGGCGAUGCGUGAGUUAGGACGAUUCCAUGGCAAAGGAUACGUCAUGAAAGAGCAACAACGUGAUAAAUUCAACGAUAUCGUAAAGCAAAUUGAAGAAAUUAGAUAUUUUGAGAAUGCUACAAGUGGUUUCAGAAUUAAUGUCGAUGUAAACUCGACGCGAGCGGUGGAAUAUCUUCGUGAUCAUGGUUAUGAUGUGGUCUUCUGCGAUAAAAUGGAACCUGUACUUUCCAACUUGUACGACGUGUUGGUGAAAUUAGUACAACCGCUGGAACCUCUGUCCACGUUCUGUCACGGUGACUUUACAUUAGCCAACAUGCUCUUCAAAAUGGAAGAUGAUGGACAACAUCGAGUGAUGCUGAUCGAUUUUGCGAGUUUAAGAUACGGGCCACCUGUCAUCGACAUCUCUACAUAUCUCUUUCUCAAUUGUUCGAAUGAAGUGCGAAAAGACAAGUUCCACGAAAUUAUGCGAGCCUACUUUGACGCGCUGAAAGAAUAUCUACUGGACGCUGGUAUUCGGGACAUCGAAAAGUAUUCGUACGACGCGUUGUUGCACGACUUCAGAAGAGGCGCUAUUUUGGGUUACUCUAUCGCAUCCUUUUAUUUAGCGGUACUCAUGGGAUAUCGUGAUUUCGAUAUGACAACUUUAUCAACAGAGGAGAACGCGAUGAUGCAAAAGAACUUGGGCGGAGACAAAGUAUCCAAGAUAUUGGCUGAUAUGUUGUUACAUUUAAAGGAUCUGGGCUGUUUAGAAGAUUAUUUAUAAGAAUAUUUCUUUUUUUUACUUAGUUUAAUAAUCUUGUCAAAAACAAGAUAAUUUAAGAAAGUAAUAAACUUAUAUUAAAAAAGUAAUAAACUUUAUCUUCAACUUUAUCUUUAACUUGAUAAGAAAGAUUAAUAAAGAAGAAAAAUGUGUAAAUGUGUAGUUUUGUUGUAAACAGAUCUCUGAAUCAUUGUGUGUAUAAACAAAAAUGUUGCAAUGUCAUUUGUACAGCAGUAUUGUGUAAAAAGAAACACUGAUAAUAUAAUAAAUAUUUAAUAUAAUAAUAUACUAUGUCGUGUGUGUGUGUGUAAAAUAAGCGCCAUAAUACAAAGUGUGAAACAUAACACAAUUGCGUAAUAUUACACCGAGUAAAUAUACUUUAUUUUAUCAAAACUUUUUGUA